GAAUAACUUUAGCACCGGUAGUAGCGUGCGUGAGUGUAUACGUCGCUAAGAGUGCGAUUACUAGGCUGCCGAUAGUUUUUGUUGUUGCUGCGAUUUAGAGUGGUUAGCCGAGACGCCAUCGGAGGCUAGCCACGAUUAAUUUGAAAAAGUGACAACCUGAGCCACGCGUUAAGAGACGACGUUGAAUUGCUCCCCCUGACAGCUCGACUAAUCGCAUAAGACUUAAAAAAUGUCAUCACGCUUUCGAGAAUGGGAUUUAUCAUGCAAGGUUUAUGUUGGUAAUUUAGGAAGUAGUGCAAGUAAACACGAGAUUGAAAGUGCUUUUAACAAAUAUGGACCACUAAGAAACGUGUGGGUAGCUCGAAAUCCACCAGGAUUUGCCUUUGUUGAAUUUGAAGAUCCGAGAGAUGCUGAAGAUGCAGUUCGAGGGUUAGAUGGAACACGCUGCUGUGGCACAAGAGUGAGAGUUGAAAUGUCUUCUGGAAGAAGCCGUCGUGGUGGUGGAGGACGAAGACCUACAUCGCGCUAUUCAAGGUCUCGGUCACGCAGUCCACGAAGGAGAUCUUUGACCCGCAGCCGCAGCCGUGAUCGUCGAUCGCGCUCAGACUCUCGAGACAGAAGAUACUAAAGUCUCAUGCUGGUUCAAUGUUGACAAAAUUAAUUCUGGCAUUAACUUACUGAUUAAACAAGCUCUACACUGUAUUUUAAAAAUUCAAAACUAACAAUGAUACCUGUUUUUCCGUAUUUUUCAUAUACUCAAUAUGAUUCAUAGUUUUCUAUAACACUUUCAGAAACAAAAUUAACCAAAUUCAUACUUAUCAUCAUAUAUUGAUAAAUAAUAUUAACAUAAUCAGCUUGAAAUUGUUUUUCAGAAUAGUUAUAAGUAGAUAAUUCAGAGCAUCAAAGAGCUUGAACUUAAAUCUCCAAAUCACUAUCAGCAAAAAAUGAAAAUAAUAAUAAAUUUGGAUAAAACAUAAUUCGAGAUAUCAAGUAAAUUGGAGAUGUAAAAGUAUAAACCAAUAAUGAUGAAUGAUGAAUUGGUAAAUAAAGAAAAAUA